CACACUUUCUCAUUAUUUUCCGUUUGGUGUCAGAAAAAUGUUUGUUUUUCUUACCAUUUACUGGAAUCCAGAGUCUUUUUUGAUCAUCCUGUGACUAUGGAUAAGAGGAGGUUACAAACUGAGAGAAGACACAGCACCUCGGCGGCUCCAGGGAUGCCGUCAUCACCAUUGACAUCGGCCUCCGCGUUGCAGGGCCACACACGGUCUGGAUCAAGCUAUGGAGGUGCUGGGAACCCGAGGAAAGCGCAAACUAAAGCUGCAGCGCAGAGGCUGGCGGCCGUUAUGUCAAAUAAGCAGAACGACGAUGAUGGUGAUGAUUAUGACCAGCUUGACAAUAGUAGUGUUGGAAGGCCAACGCGUCCUCCCUCUCCUAUGGCUAAAAGGCGAGUUCCGCAGUCAACACAAGCUGAUGACGACAAUGAUGAGGAUGAUCCUAUAGUGAGUGGCAGGCCAAGUAUAGGACUUUCUGGUGGAAGACAAAUGCAGGGGCGGUCUCCUAUGGCCAAAAAUAUUCCUCAAAGGCGACCAUCACCAUUAAGGAAACAACAACCAUCUGAUGAUGACAAUGAUGAGGAUGCCCCAGUCAGUAACACGACAAGCAUAGGUCUCGCUGCAAGGGCAAAGAGGUCACCCUCUCCUGCGAGAAAAAGCUUAGCUCGAACUCAAGUACCACCACCAGCAGACGAUGAUGAGAGUGAAGAAGAUGACCUUUUAGUGAGUAGCACAACAAGAAUAGGGCUUGGUGGAAGGGCAGCAAGGCCUUUCUCUCCUAUGGCUAAAAACAUAUCUCAGAAGCGGAUGCCACAAGCUACUGACAAGGAAAGUGAUGAGGAAGACUUUUUGGUUAGUGGUAGAGCAAGCAUUGGUCUUGCUCGUGGUAGAGGAAUGCAGCCGCACCCUUCUGUGGGCAGACCCAUGGCUCAAAGGCCUGUGAAACAGGUAGGACCACAACCAACUGAUGAGGACAAUGAUGAGGAUGACCUUUCUAACAGUUCAAUGAGUGGAAAACCAACCAUUGGGCUUGGUGGAAGAGCUAAGCCUUCAUCUUGUCCUUUGUCAGUUCGUGUCAAUCAAGAUCAACCACGUCCUAUACCAGGCAGUUAUGCCUCUCUACCUGUCAGCAUCAAGGAGCAAUCAAUACCAGCUCAUGCAAGUGGUCAAAACUCCAUGGAGCAAUCCAUCUCACCUUCAGCUGGACGGUCGUCUUUGCAAAGUUCUGCAGCUUUAAGUGUUGGCCGGCCAUCUGCAUUAACCAGUUCAUCAGAACAAACUGUAUCUCCUCGUUCCACAGGUCCAGGUCGCCAACAGUUAGGAAUUCUUAAUUUAUUUUAUCUCGAGUGUUCUAAACUUUACUGCUUAAGCAGAUUGGUUUCAAAUUUUGGGAGUAUGAACAACAUGAUAGUUAGUGGAACACAGCAGUCCGCUUCUGCUCUACAAAAUGAGCUUGAUAUGCUACAGGUUGCAAAUGAAAGUCUACUUCAAAAGCUUCACCUUGCAGAGGAGAGGUGUGAAGAAGCAGAAGCAAGAACUCAGCUUCUUGAGAAACAGGUGAAGGAAGCAGCCCAGCAGGAGGAGGCUGCUUCAAAAGGUGGAACACAAACUCAGAUGAUUGCUGCUCUUCACACAGAAGCCAAGAUAGCAAGAGAUGAAACAAAUUCAGUCUUAGAGAAGCUCAAUGCAGCGGAGUUUGAAAUCAAAGCACUGCAAACAGUAACUCAAAGGAUGAUGCUGACUGAAGAAGAGAUGGAAGAGGUUGUUUUAAAGAGAUGCUGGCUUGCUCGUUAUUGGAGUUUAUGUGUGGAACAUGGUAUUCAGGCCGAUAUUGCUGGAGUGAAAUAUGAAUAUUGGUCAUCAUUUGCCCCUCUUCCUUUUGAAAUAGUAUUAGCUGCUGGACGAAGAGCCAGAGAGGAGGAUAUGUCAUCCGGCAAUGAUUUAGAAGAAAGACAGAAGGUCCUGAAACACACUAAUGAACUAUCCGGGGAGAGAAAUGUUGAGAGCAUGCUUUUAGUGGAGAAAGGUCUAAGGGAACUGGCUUUAUUAAAGGUAGAGGACGCGGUUACAUUCGCACUGGCUAAACAACGACGGCCGACUUCCGUUUACAUGGUUGUAGAGGAGGUGAAACUGCCUACCGAUGGUCAAUUCGAGAUAUUCGAAUUAAGCCAAGAAGAGUCUGAUGACGUGCAUUUUAAGCAGGCUUGGCUUACAUACUUCUGGAGGAGGGCAAUGACCCAUGGUGUGGAACCUGAUAUUGCAGAUGAACGUUUGCAGUCGUUGAUCACCUGCAGUUCAGAAUCCUGCACUUCGCAGGACGCAGUCGAUGUUGAGCGUGGGCUUAUGGAGAUUAGAAGGUUAGGGCUGGAGUCCCAGUUAUGGAAGACGUCUCGGCGAGGACUCGAGCUAGGCGCCACUGCCCAGUUGCAUAUCGAGACAGGUUUCUGAUACAAAA